AUGACCUCGUACUUGUCAAAAUUCGUUGGGAAAGGCGAUAGAAUCGCGUCCACCGCCGAUUCUCUUCUUCCACCUCUAUCGAAUGCCGCAGAAGAGAAAACAAACAGCAUGGCUCUAGUCAGAGUAUCAAGACCAACACCCAAGACUGCUCAAAUUGAUCUGUCGAAUAUGAAGGUGACGCUCUUUAUGUUUCUAGCCUACUUGGUUGGAGAACGAAUGUGGGCUUUCGUAAUCGACAGACGAGAAUUCAAAGACCCAGUGACUGAAUUUUUACUUGGAUGGGGGACUAUUACCACCGUUGUCAUAUUGGGAUUCUUCUUGUUCCCAGAAGUUACUGUGCCUAUUCAUUCUUCGUUUACUGCUGGAGGUGAACAUGUUCGUUCAAAUUGGGAUAUGAGGAAAAACCACAACAAGAAAAGAUGGACAGUCUCAGAUGCAGUUUCCCAUGCUGCAGUCUCUGGUGCCGUUUUGCUAAAGAGAUCACCUAUUCCAGAUAUUGCUGCUCGUAUCAUUGCCUUUGCACUAAAAGCUUCCAAAGUCAUUGAUGAACAUUUACACAUAAAGCAAGCAAUGGUCGUAGCCAGCACUAUUGGUGCCAAGGCUGUAAUACGAGCAGGUGUAGCUUAUCAACGGGAGCCUGGCUACGGAAAACCAGCAGAAACAACCCAUACUACCGAGUCGAUGUGGUCACUAAUAGAGACAUCCCCGAUAUCGACUAGCACAGAAGAAACUGAGACUUUCAAACUCCCGACGAUCUCGAAAUGGAUUAAUCCAUUGUCUAUAUGGACUCCUCAAGAAACUGUAUCGAGAGAUGUGAUUGUAAAGUCCAGUAGUGUGCAAUCCGACUCUCCUACCAUCUCUCUUGCAAGAGCCGAGCAAUUACAACCGAUUAAAACAACUGCCGUCGCCGUUGCACCAAUACCCAAGUCUUAUACAUCACUAGCGAUUGACACAACAAGAAACUGUGCCAUCUUUGCCACAAGGACCACUUACGCAGCUGCUUCGAUACCUCUACGCCUUACGGUCGCGGCUGCACUACUGCCAUAUCAAAUGACCAAGUCUGCCGUCAACACCACCACAUCUGUUCUCAAAACCACCACCACUCUAGCCUCAAAUAUGGUCGAACGUGUGGUAGCUCCUGCAUACGUGUAUCCAGUAGUCGAUGGUGUCGUGAAACUCGAUGCAGGGGGCAUUGUGAUUCCAUUCGCCGUCAAGAGUUUAAAGGACUUUAGUGAAUCUAGAUUAACUAUUUUGGAAACGAAAGACAAGACUCGGCCUACACCGAAAUAUCUCACAAUCGAAUGGGGUGUUGUAAAAGUUGCUUGCAUUGCUCCACAAACCUUCUUGGCAUUGAUACAAUUCCUAUCUGGACAAGUUACGGAUAUAAAUCAUUUUAGUAUCGACCACGCUGAUGCUUUGUAUGAUUUGAGAGAGGAAGCUAAGCUUUGGGAUGUGAAAGAGUUUAUGCAAGUAGUCCAGUCAAAGCUAGUCGAAUUCGGAUUGCCAUCAAGACGACCUUCAAUGGCUCCGGUACAUGCAAGGAUGGAUUCGUACAUCAUCAGGCUUGAUGAUAAAAUCAUGUAUCUUCCAAGACUACACGUAUCCAGACGGCGUGGAUCAAAACUUUCUUGUCUUCUCUCCGACCAAUACUCGUCACGACCCUUCGACUUAAUGGUCCACGAUGGUGCCUGUGAUCUCCCAGUCAAAUCAGUGGACGGCUUCCAAACUAUAAUGGACUUCUUUGAUCUGGAAGACACAACAAAGGAUCUUUGGUGCCCAGUCUCUGAGGAAGCUUUGCAAACUUUCUGGCCACACAUCAGUGACUAUCGCUUAAAACAAGUCAUAGCAGAGGCCAAACAUUGGGAUAUCAUCGACAUUACCUCAGCAGCACAAUUAGAGACUUCUAGAAGGCUUGAGGCAGAGUUUGUAGAGUAUUACGGCCCAGGUGCAGUCUUCGCUGCCUUCUUCCUAUUCGACGUGUUGUCCACUAUAACGAGAUACACCCGUGGUCAAGUUUUCGAAGCCAACAAGGUCUUAUUGAACUUGACGUGCAUAGCUUUUUCAAUACCCAUCCUGACGACAAAACAUGCCAUGAUACGGUUGGAACAACUACGAAAAGUCAUGAUCGCACUCAAACCUCCUCAAACUACUAGUACACCAUCAUCACCAGCUCUAGAAAUUCCACCUGCAGUAGCAAGCAUGAUCAAAUGGGUAACUUCCGAUCGUGUUGGAGGAGAUCUACUAUCCGCCAUUGUAUUUGCCUACUUGGCCUUCUCGAUAUUCGUCAAAACACUCACUGGCAAGACCAUCACUCUCGAGGUCGAAUCCUCAGAUACUAUUGACAACGUCAAGGCCAAAAUCCAAGAUAAGGAAGGCAUUCCGCCAGAUCAACAACGUUUGAUCUUCGCUGGAAAGCAAUUGGAAGACGGUCGUACUUUGUCAGACUACAAUAUCCAGAAGGAAUCUACCCUCCACUUGGUACUCCGUCUCCGUGGUGGUAUGCAAAUCUUCGUCAAGACCUUGACUGGAAAGACCAUUACUUUGGAAGUCGAAUCAUCGGACACCAUCGACAAUGUCAAGGCCAAAAUCCAGGACAAGGAAGGUAUUCCACCAGAUCAACAACGAUUGAUUUUCGCUGGAAAACAAUUGGAAGACGGUCGUACCUUGUCGGACUACAACAUCCAAAAGGAAUCCACUCUUCAUUUGGUGCUCCGUCUCCGUGGUGGUAUGCAGAUCUUCGUCAAGACCUUGACUGGAAAGACCAUUACCUUGGAAGUAGAAUCAUCUGACACCAUCGACAACGUCAAAGCCAAAAUCCAAGACAAAGAAGGUAUUCCACCAGAUCAACAACGAUUGAUCUUUGCUGGAAAACAAUUGGAGGAUGGCCGUACUCUCUCAGACUACAACAUCCAAAAGGAGUCUACUCUCCACUUGGUGUUGCGUCUCCGUGGUGGUAUGCAGAUCUUCGUCAAGACUCUCACUGGAAAGACUAUCACUUUGGAAGUCGAGUCAUCGGACACUAUUGACAACGUCAAGGCCAAAAUCCAGGAUAAGGAAGGCAUUCCCCCAGAUCAACAACGUUUGAUCUUCGCUGGAAAGCAAUUGGAAGACGGUCGUACCUUGUCGGACUACAAUAUCCAAAAGGAAUCGACUCUACACUUGGUACUUCGUCUCCGUGGUGGUAUGCAGAUCUUUGUAAAGACCUUGACUGGAAAGACCAUCACCUUGGAAGUUGAAUCCUCAGACACCAUCGACAACGUCAAAGCUAAAAUCCAGGACAAGGAAGGUAUCCCUCCAGAUCAACAACGUUUGAUCUUCGCUGGAAAGCAAUUGGAAGAUGGUCGUACUCUCUCUGAUUAUAACAUCCAGAAGGAGUCCACUCUUCACUUGGUUCUACGUCUCCGUGGUGGCUUCUCGCUAAAUCUGUGCAUCGCGCUUCGUUUGGCUUCUGUAUCGUUUUACCUGCGUAAACCUCCGUCUUCCAGCGCUUCGUCGCCUAUCGUUCGACCUAACCCUGUCUCGUUUCCUUGUCAACUACAAACGCACGACUUCAUGCUUUUGGAAAACGCAUUUCAGACAAACCAGAACAUCAUGAAGGUCGCUCUUCCGACAGAGCACAGAGUGGUCUGGGCGUACAGUGAAGCUCAGAUCUCCGCCAUCCCACUACUCUUUCAGCGAUUCAAGCUCUGGAAGCAAAUUAUUGCGCGUCUUGAUCUAUUUUUUAUCGGCGUGGCAGCUUUGGAAGAUCAAAAAGGUCGUAUACAUACUGGACUGGUAACAUCAUUAACAAACUUGACUGAUGCCUCGACGGGACUUGGAGACUCUGUUUUGCCUGUUAUUCGUGAUCUCAGUAACAACUGCUCCAAAGAACACUCGCUGCAACAGCAGAGAUUGUUUGCCGAAACAAUCAGGAGGCUUCGUGCCCUACGAGCUCAGCUGUCUACCAGGAAGCGGACAAUGAAAAACGAUUUCUUGAGAGCAUUCCAUUCAGUUACUGUUGUUCGAACAAACACAUUGGCAUGUAUUCAUUUACAUGAACGGGUGGUAUCCUCAUCGUCGUCCUUGACCAAUCCCUACAUACCCAACUUUCCACCUCCAAAAUCAAACUACUUCAAGCGAAACAAGAACCCUCAUUUGAUUGACCCAUAUUUGACUGAACGAGCUCUGAGAGUACAAUUAGCUGCUAUGGAAGUAUCAGAACGAGAGUUUCAAGACUCUGCCACCAAGUUAUGGAAGGAGGCUGUUGAUACCGAAAAGUCAAUCAUUCUUGAGUUGGUUGCUAUUAUGUAUCAGUAUGAGAGUAUUAGCACUUCGUCGAACGCUGCCAUUCAAGAAGUGAUGAAAAAUGCCUUGAUGCCAUGGGCUUCAUUAGAUCCCACCAAAGAAAUUCGUGAUUUUGGUAUCUCCAUGGAAAUCGAUACACCAAAUGGAAUAUGGAAUACUCCACGUACUCUACAAGACUUUCCAUACUCGCCAAUUUCUACAGAAGUCAUCAAGUCAGGAAUGCUUUUCAGACAAGGAACCAUUCGCAAACAUAUUUGGAAACCGGUGUGGGUUGUAUUAACUCAAUCUGGCUGGCUACACUGUUUUGAAAUGAAGAGACCAGCAUCCAACAUGUUUCCGUUCGCCUUGACACAAUCACGACCAGGAUCAACAAUCACAUCUCCAAGAAGCUCCACAUUGCAAUCACCUUUAUGGUCUCCAUCUUCAGACGCGGGUAGCACACCUCAUACACGAACAAAUAGUAUCACACCAUCAUCAACAAACUCGUCAUUCCGUAUAUCCAAUCAAGCUGAUGACGCAGCGUCACUACUCUCUGCUGAAGAUGGAGUGACAACCAGUUUGACCAAGACUAUAUUCAGUGUAUCGUUACGUAGACCUCGUGUGUCGGCAGAAUUAGAACGUGGUAGUGGACAUCCUUUUGUAUUCAAGGUAUCCAUUGCUGCCAAUCCAAAUACUUCGUCUCAGAAUACGUGGAGCAACUGGGUGUCGGGUAGUGAGCCAAAGUAUGCACUCAAAGCAUCUUCAGAGACUGAUAUGAUUGAAUGGAUUGCGGCUAUUCGAAGGUCUAUAGAAUCGCACAUUCCAAGUCGUCCACCAGAGCCACUUUUCUCGCCUGUGGAAUUUAUCGAGACCCGUAUUGAUGAAAUAGCAGCUGCAUUAUUAUGA